AUGGCAGACACGGCAACCUCGUGCAAGCCUGUACCCAUAGCUGUUGUGGGUAUGGGCUGCAGAUUUGCUGGGGGUGCAACCGAUCCACAGAAACUGUGGAAAUUGCUACAGCAAGGACGAAGCACUCGCUCUGAGAUCCCAGCUUCGAGAUUCAAUGUCAACGGUAACUACCACCCCAAUGGCGAACGAUUAGGAUCGAUGCACGUCCGGGGUGGCCAAUUUCUAGACGAAGAUCCGGCUCUAUUUGAUGCCGGGUUCUUCAAUAUGACGGGUGAAGUUGCCAGUUGUAUGGAUCCUCGGCACCGACUGAUACUCGAAGUGGUUUAUGAAGCACUAGAGGCCGCUGGGAUACCUCUCGAGGGUGUGGCUGGCUCGAAUACAGCGGUCUUUGGGGGCGCCAUGUAUCAGGACUACACGGACUCACUUCAUCGGAGCCCAGAAAGCCUUCCGCGAUACAUGUUCACAGGCACUGAUAAAACAAUGUUCGCGAAUCGCGUCUCCCACUUCUAUGAUCUUCACGGGCCGAGUGUCACAGUCGACACCGCAUGCUCCACCACUCUGACUGCAAUGCAUCUUGCUAUUCAGAGCUUACGAGCGGGUGAAUCUGCGAUAGCUAUCGUGGCCGGAGCAAACCUGCUCUUGAACUCGAAUGCAUUUAUCACGCUAUCCAAUGUGAAUGUCCUAUCGCCAGAGGGAAUAUCGUACUCGUUCGAUCCGAGAGCUAAUGGAUAUGGUCGAGGCGAAGGAGUGGCGGCCAUUAUCUUGAAGACUCUUCCCCAUGCGCUGCGGGAUGGGGACCCCAUUCGUCUAGUCAUCCGCGAAACCGCGCUCAACCAAAAUGGCCGAAAGGUGCCCACCAUCGGUGCCCCAAGCGACGAGGCGCAGGAGCACUUGAUUCGAGAAUGCUACCGAAAAGCCGGGCUGGACUCGAGAGAGACAGCGUACGUGGAGGCUCAUGGAACGGGCACUCCGACCGGCGACCCACUCGAGCUAGCAGCCAUCGCAGCUGUAUUCAGUCGAGCCCAGCAACCUCUGCUUGUUGGCUGCAUGAAAGCUAAUAUUGGACACACUGAAGGUGCCAGCGGUCUGGCAAGUGUGAUUAAGGUAGCUUUGGCGCUGGAAAAGCGGAUUGUACCACCCAACGCAACGUUCCUGAAACCGAACAUGGCGUGGCUGAAGGAUAAAAACAUCCAGAUUGUAUCAAAAUGUCAAACAUGGCCUCCGGUAGAUGGAAUUUGUCGUGCAUCAAUCAAUAACUAUGGAUUUGGAGGUGCAAAUGCUCAUGCAAUUGUGGAGCGUUAUGAAACCAUGAGCAAGCCUUCGCUGAGGGAGGGAAACAGUUCCGUUCAGCCUCAUGGCAGCCAGGCGGAGGCCGAGCAGCAGGGCCGGAUAUAUGUAUUGAGUGCCAAGGAUGAGCACAGUUGCCGGAGGACGAUAUCGAGGCUGCGUGCCUAUCUUUGCCAAGCCAGGCCGGUGGAUGAGCAACAAUUCCUUGCAGAUAUGGCGUACACCCUAGCUUCUCGUCGCUCCAAGUUCCCAUGGAAGGCAGCUUGUGUGGCAGAGAGUCUGGCGACCCUUGCCUCCAAUCUCGAUAACGGAAGGACGCAACUUCGGAGAUCAGCCGAGAAAGCGAGACUAGGUUGGGUUUUCACUGGCCAGGGAGCACAAUGGUAUGCAAUGGGUCGAGAGUUGAUUGAUGCGUACCCUAUUUUCAAGGAGAGUCUUGUCGAGGGCGAUGACCACAUCAAGAGCAUGGGAGCGCGCUGGUCUAUAUUAGAUGAACUUCGCCGCGGUGAGCUUGAAAGUUGCGUGAGCGAGGCAGAGUUUACCCUGCCACUGUCCACGGCUAUCCAGAUUGCACUCGUUCGGCUUCUUUGGUCGUGGAAUAUACAACCCACAGCGAUAACCAGUCACUCCAGCGGCGAGGCAGCUGCAGCCUUCGCGGCCGGUGCACUAACAGCCCGAGCCGCCAUUGGGAUGAGUUAUCUUCGUGGCGCCUGCCUGCCAACGGGGCUAUCGUCGGCGUCGAGAGUCAAGGGGGCCAUGCUUGCUGUGGGGUUAGGUCGCCGUGAGGUUAGUGAGUAUAUCGCACAAGUGCGUGAUGAAACGAACCACCUUGUUGUCGCAUGCAUCAAUAGUCCGUCUAGCGUGACUGUAUCAGGUGAUUUGUCUGCGAUUGCUCAAUUGGAGAAGUUGUUAAAUGCCGACCAAAUAUUUGCAAGACGAGUGAAUAUCACCCAAGCGUUCCACUCGGAGCACAUGCGGCCGAUGGCAGACCAUAUUCGGAAUACCCUGGCAGAGCUUCUCGAGAUGGACCCAAUUGAUACCAAUAAGGCUCCUCGCGACGUCAUUUAUGCGUCUCCCCGAACUGGGAGACGCCUAGACAAUCUGAACCAUCUCCGGGACCCGGUGCACUGGAUACAAUGCAUGCUCGAGCCUGUCGAAUUUGAAUCCGCAUUUCGCGAGAUGUGCUUCGACGGGAAACGCAAAAUGCAAGAGGUCGACACAAUAAUCGAAAUUGGUCCCCAUGGGGCCCUAGGUGGUCCAAUUAAGCAAAUCAUGCAGCAGCUACCAGAGCUCGCCGCGUUGCAAGUAUCCUAUCUCCCCUGUCUAUCACGUAGAAAGAGCGCUUUGAGCACCAUGCACCAUCUCGCUCUGGGGCUCUGGCAGGAUGGCUAUACCAUCGAUCUGAAUGCGGUUAAUUUUCCACGGGGGAAGGAAGCAGCCCUAGUCCAGGUACUGUAUGAUCUGCCUACAUAUCCUUGGAACCACCAAACCAGGUACUGGAAAGAGCCGCGCAUCAGUCGAGCUGCACGAGGGCGCAAUCUUCCUGUGCAUGAGCUAAUUGGACUGAAAGAGCCCUUGUGUCCUCCAUCUGCGCACUCGUGGCAAAAUGUGCUUCGGGUCUCAGAUGUGCCAUGGAUAUGCGAUCACGUCCUGGGCUCGCGCAUCGUUUUCCCCGGCGCUGGAUUCAUCAGUAUGGCUAUUGACGGGCUCUCUCAGCUUCUCUCCCCUGGUCAUGACAACGCCAGCUUAAGUUACAUCUUGCAUGAUGUGGAUCUGGCCCAGGCACUGAUGCUACCCGCGGACGGUGACGAAGGGGUGGACUUGCGCUUAACCAUACGUACAGCCGAUCAUAGUAGUCUUGGAUUGCGGGAAUGGCACACUUUCUCGAUCCACUCAAUCACCGGUGAGAAGGAUGAUUGGACGGAGCACUGUACGGGACGAAUUCGCAUGGAGGUCGAUCAUGAUGCCCGCCGCGGUUCGUCGAUUCGACGAACACCGCCACCAUGGAGCCGAAAGACAACACCGCAAGAUUUCUGGGCUUCCCUGCACUCGAAUGGAAUCUGUCUCGGGCCCUUCUUCCAGAAUAUUGUGCGCAUUGAACGCGAUGAACAGACAUCGUGGUGCACUUUGUCCGUUGCCGACACGGCGGCUGCUAUGCCACACGCUCAUCAAAGCCGGCACGUUGUGCAUCCAACCACAUUAGACUCAGCUUUCCAGGCUGCUAUCACUAUACUUCCGUUUGCUGGGACACGUAUGCAAGCCGCCAUGAUACCCAAUCGUGUGGACUGCGUGAAGAUACACGCCCGUCUCGCCAGUUUUGGGGCAGGGGAUAAGCUGCGCGCGGAGGCCAAGAUGAAGGAUCAAGGGCCAAGUUUACUUACAGCUAAUGUGGCCGUGUUUUCUGAGACAGAUACGGGCGCAGGGGCUUUGAUCGAGCUUGAAGGGCUUACAUUUCAGUCGUUGGGGGCUAGUCUUGACGGGUAUAGGCAAGGCCCAAUCCAACACAAGAGCUCUUGUAGCUCAUGGCAUUGGGCUCCCGACAUUAGCUUGGUCAAUUUAACAUGGCUGGAAAAGACUCUAAAUUCUGACAUUCAUACUCAAGAGAUUGAACUUCAGCUGGACCUUCGACGGUGCGCGGUACACUUCAUUCGAGACGCAGUGGAAACUCUAACAUCGGAGAAUAUCAUGAAGAUGAGUCGUCACUUCAAGAAAUACUAUAGCUGGAUGCAAGUCCAGUUAGCUUGCGCUGCCAGUACAGAGCUAGGGCAAGACAGCGCGCACUGGAUGCAAGAUAAUGAAGAGCAAAAACAAAGCCUCCGGUCCAGGGUUAUUUCUGCAGGUAUCAGCGGGGAAAUGCUCUGUCGGUUGGGUCCCAAGCUACCUGAUAUCCUGUGCGGUGACAUUGAGCCUCUAGAGAUGAUGAUGGAUGGUCAGCUGCUGUCCAGAUACUACCUGGAGGAUUUCAGGAUGGGUCGGUCUAAUGCGCAGGCCAGUGAACUCGUGCGCCUAUGCUGUCACAAAAACCCACGCUCUCGCAUUCUAGAAAUUGGCGGUGGAACUGGGGGGUGCACUCAACUCGUCGUGAACGCCUUGGGGAACACCAAGCCGGUAGACCACUACGAUUUUACCGAUGUGUCCGCUGGCUUCUUUGAAGCAGCUCGAAAGCGUUUCGCGGAAUGGCAGGAUGUGAUGGAAUUCCGCAAGUUAGACAUCGAGCGUGACCCGGAAGCGCAAGGGUUUCAAGGCGGAUCUUACGACGUGGUCUUGGCGUCUCAGGUUCUUCAUGCCACGAGCAACAUACGGCACACUCUGAACAAUGUGCGGAAGCUGUUGAAGCCUGGCGGCAGGCUCAUUCUGGUGGAAAGUACAAAUGAUCAGCUUGACUUCUUCUUCAUUUUCGGUCUCUUACCCGGCUGGUGGCUCAGCGAAGAGCCAGAGCGGCAGUCUACCCCUUCCCUACCAUCUGACUUAUGGCGUAGUGUCUUAAGUGAUACUGGGUUCAACGGGGUGGAGUUAGAAUCCCGCAACUGCAACAGUGCCGAGUUCUAUAUGAUCAGUACCAUAAUGACCACAGCCACCCCUGACACUCCCGCGUCUGUUACUGAUGGCCGAGCUGAGGUGACUCUGGUUCAUGCCGGCUCGCUUCCGCCAACAGUCUGGUUGCAAAACUUGCAGCUAAGUCUCAGGGGUAGGAGCAGUUCCCUAACCUCAAUCCAGCCACUUCACAACAUUUCUAAUCUGGAGGGAAAGAUUUGCGUAUUUCUUGGGGAGGUGGAAUACCCUUUGCUUGAUCGCAUAACCAACGACGAUUUUACAGCCUUGACCUUCAUGCUGCAGAACAGCAGGGGAGCUCUCUGGGUCUCUCAGGGAGCAACAAUGACGUCGUUGAAUCCAUGGAAGGCUCUGCACCUAGGGCUGCUACGCACGCUCAGGAAUGAGAGUAACGGCAGGCGAUUUGUUUCAUUGGACCUCGAUCCCUCGCGUAACCCAUGGACGGCUGAGUCUUGCCAUGCUAUUGCAACUGUCGUCCAUGCUUCAUUUUUCUACGGCGCUCGGGAGAAGGACUUUGAGUUUGCACAGCGGGAUGGUUUUAUUCAUGUACCUCGAGCGCUUCGCCACUUGAGCUUCAACCACGAGGGCGACGAUGAAGAUUCUAUCGUUUUACGACCGUUCCAAGGUGAUAGGUUUGCAGUCCAAUUAAAUGUGCAAACUCCAGGCCUCCUGGACUCCCUAUACUUCAACCCUUGUACGGCGAACGCAGUUGAUAGUACUGAACUAUCAGGGGACUGGAUUGAGGUCGAACCAAGAGCUUUCGGUAUGAACUUUCGUGACAUCAUGGUUGCCAUGGGCCAAUUGAAGAAGAAUCGAGUUAUGGGAUUUGAAUGCGCUGGUGUGGUUACGAGACUCAGCAAAGCAGUAAGGGUGGGGGCACGAGGGCCAGCAGUGGGCGACCGUGUUUGCGCCCUCAUGAAAGGACAUUUUGCGUCGAGUGUGCGCACCGCCCGCACCAACGUCGUUCAAAUCCCUGACUCCCUGAGCUUUGAACAGGCGGCUUCCAUCCCACUGGCGUUCACAACAGCCUACAUCUCUCUUUACACUGUUGCUCGGCUUCGACGAGGUGAAAAGGUCUUGAUCCAUGGAGGUGCUGGGGGUGUUGGGCAGGCAGCCAUCAUUCUUUCUCAACUGAUUGAAGCUGAAAUCUUCACCACCGCUGGAACUCAGGCAAAGCGUGAGUUUUUGAUUGACAGAUUCAAGCUCGAGCCCGACCAUGUCUUCUCAAGCAGGGACUGCGGGUUUGUCGAGGGCAUCAAUGCUUGCACCAGCGGUAAUGGAGUGGACGUGGUGCUCAACUCUCUUGCGGGGAGUCUUCUUCAGAAUAGCUUUGACUGUUUGGCCAACUUUGGCCGGUUCGUGGAAAUUGGCAAGAAGGACCUCGAACAAAAUAGCCGACUGGAUAUGUCGACCUUUACGCGGAAUGUCUCCUUUUCCUCGGUUGAUAUUCUUUACUGGCAGGAGGCCAGAUCCCUUGAGAUUUCUCGAGCAUUGACGGAGGUUAUUCGGCUCCUAGAACAGAGGAGAAUAGAGAUGAUUGAACCUAUUUCGGAGUACCCUAUUUCGGCUAUCGAGAAGGCAUUUCGUACUAUGCAGAGCGGCAAGCACGUCGGCAAGCUUGUGGUGGCGGUGACUGGAAAGGAUAUGGUCAGUGUUCGCCAGAGACGUGUGCCAAUAGGUCUGAAGUGCGACGCAUCCUACCUCAUUGUCGGAGGGCUAGGUGCUAUUGGAAGACGGAUUUGCGAGUUGAUGGUGGACCAUGGAGCACGGUAUUUGAUUAUCCUGUCCCGGAAUGCUCACACGGAUUCAUUUGUAGCCAAACUCCAGGAGCGAGGAUGUGUCGUCCGUCCACAUUCAUGCGAUGUGGCUAACGAGAGUCAGCUCCAAGCAGUUUUACAAAAGUGUCGGGAGGAUAACAUGCCACCAGUUCGAGGCAUUAUUCAAGCUGCGAUGGUGCUCAAGGACAUGUUUGUCUCGCAGAUGACAGCGGACGACUUUCACACUGCUCUCCGCCCCAAGGUACAGGGCAGUUGGAAUUUGCAUAAGGCUGUCUCUGAUGUAGACUUUUUUGUUAUGCUAUCGUCUGUUGCUGGGGUUAUGGGCAAUGCAGGGCAAGCCAAUUAUGCCGCUGCGGGCACGUUUCAGGAUGCGCUUGCACAGCACAGAAUCUCUCAAGGAAAGCCUGCAGUCACAAUCGACUUGGGACUAGUGAAAUCUAUUGGUGUUGCUGCAGAGAGUGGCCGGGCACUUACGGAGCGACUGGUUCGAAUCGGCCUCCAGCCUAUGCAUGAAGCGGAGGUUCUGGCUGUGCUCGAGCAGGCCCUAUGCUCUUGUUUGAUGUCUUCUUGCUCGCGCUCUACUCCAUCUGCACCUACCCCGCCCGCCGUCAUAGUUACUGGUAUCAACACGGAUUCUGGGGCUCACUGGGAACAUGUCGAGUGGAUGCAAGAUGCACGCUUCGCGGGGCUCAGAUACAGGGAUUCCCUGAAAAACGACUUAUCUCCAACCCCCGCCAAUGACGACAGUGUCCGCACUCGGUUGAGCCGGGUAGCCUCUCAUCAAGAGGCCAUCGAUAUUGUGGUGCAGGCUAUGAGUCAAAAGCUAAUGACCAUGUUCGGUCUGGCUGACCAAGAGAUGUCUGCCCAGCAAACCUUGGCGGGGAUGGGUGUUGACUCGCUUGUCGCUAUCGAGCUUCGUAACUGGUUCACCGCCCAGCUCAAUGUAGAUAUUUCGGUCUUCCAGUUGACGAAGGGUCGAACCAUUGCUGAGGUGGCGGAAAUGGUGGUUGCGCUGUACAAUAAGGACCCUAGCAAGGAGUGA